UAUGUCUUUGGCGGAAGUUUCAUGACCCUCCUCCUCUUAGUCACAUUCCGCUGGCUUACCUUGAGUAAGGUAAAAGUUAAAUGUUACAAGACUUGAAACUACAAAUUCUCGCACAAAAUGGGUGUUAAAAGUGUCUAAUAAUCUCAAAAUGUCCAUCAGGAUGAAGACAGUACUAUUAUUUCUCACAGUUCUGAAUGUAGUAAGGAGUGAAUAUAUUCCUCCAGGACCUCUCUACAGGUGUCCCAAGGAGACUCUGUUAUUGCACCCUUGCACGUGUGAUAAUGAGGGAGAUCAAGGAAUUUACGUUAGUUGUAAUAACACGAAUUUGGCGACAAUGAGCAUAGCUCUAAAUAAUUUGGCUACGUUUAAACUACCAGUUGAGAAACUUACAAUAAACAAGUGUCACAUCGCCCGACUUUACGGCAGUCUUUUAUACAAAUUAAAAUUGCGAACGUUGUUAAUUGUCGAUACUCCGAUUGAAGUGAUAGAAGAGCACACUUUUCUGGGCGUGAAUGAGACACUGAACGAGUUCCACUUGAUUAAUUCAAGUCUUAAGGAAUUCCCGAGUUUGGCGUUCAAGAUAUUGGGUAAUUUAACUGAGCUCAGAAUAGACGGUCAUAACAUGACGGAUUUGCCGAAAGACGCCUUUGUUGGAGGCGACAUAAGCGGGAGACUUUUAAAGCUAUUCUUACCUAAUGGAUAUUUAACAACUCCUCCUAUUGAAAGUUUACAACCGUUGAGAAAGCUGAAAAUGUUGGAUUUGCACGGGAAUCGGAUCACCGAUCUGAAAAGGAACCAGUUCAAGGGGUUGCGAGAUGUGGAAAUUUUAGAUUUGAGUCAUAAUGGCAUCCGCAAAGUGGAUGCAAGCCACCUUUCCGAUUUGACGAAGUUGGCGUUCUUCAACGUGUCACAUAAUAAUAUUACGGAGCUGACGAGGGGCGCAUUCGCCAGAAACACCAUUCUGCGCGUCCUCAACAUGUCCUUCAACCAAAUCAAGCGCCUGGACUCGAACACUUUCCGCGGAAUGCGUUUCUUGCGCCGCCUCUACCUCUCCAACAAUUUAAUCACAGACGUCGGCAGAGGCACUUUUGGUUCUUUGGCCCAAGUCGGAACGAUUGAUCUAGCGCGCAACUUCCUCAAGAAAAUUGAUUACCAAAUGUUCUUCGAAUUAAAAUUCAUUGACACAAUCGACGUCAGCGAGAACAACGUGACGGAAAUUCAAAAAACGGCCUUCAAGGACAUUUAUCUGACUACGAUUAAUCUAUCCAGAAACAACAUCAGUAAAAUCGAAGCUGGGGCCUUCCAGAACUGUGCCAACAUCACAAAGUUGGACCUUUCCCACAACAGACUGGACACGAUACCAAAGAAAGCGUUCGAUGAAACAACCUAUGCACUAGAACUGCAGCUUUCGUACAAUUUCUUAACUGUUUUGAACCAAAUUCCGCUGGGUAACAUGACCGGGCUAAAAAUCCUCAACGUGUCACAUAACGCACUUAGGACGAUCCCCAAAGGAACAUUCCCAAAACUCUACGAGUUGCACACGAUUGACUUGUCGUACAACAAUCUAACUGAUAUUUUUAAUUCCGUUUUUCAAACUUUAUUUUCCUUGCGAACGCUUGAUUUGAGCCACAACAGCCUCGAAACCAUCAAACCCAGCACUUUUGGGACCCUUCCCACCUUACUGGACCUAAAUCUGAGCCACAACUUUUUGCAAGACAUCGCACGAAGUGCUCUAACACGCCUUGCCAGCACCAGGAACCUGGACGUCAGCCACAACAAGCUCAAAAAACUGUUCCUCCUUCCCAUUUCAGUGUCACACUUAGACUUGUCUUUCAACGAGUUUGAGGAACUCCCAGCCAAGCUGUGGCCCAGUAUGAACUCACUUUUGAGUCUUGAUUUGAGUCAUAAUAAGCUUGGUGGUGGUUUGGUUGAAGGGAGUUUCACAAAUUUGCUAACGUUGCAAAAACUCAAUUUGAAUUGUAAUGGGAUUUCGGAACCUCCAUGGGCUGCGAUCAACGAGCUAAGUUCGUUGCAAUAUUUGUAUUUUGAGGGUAAUAAUUUAACAAACUUGAGACGAGCUGCUUUUGGAAAAUUGCCAGUUGUUUUCGAACUCAAUUUGGCUCAUAAUCGGAUUAGCAAUGUCAGUGAUCGGGCCUUUGAGGGGCUCUUGCAGCUGAUUGUGCUGAAUAUGACCAAUAAUAGCAUAAGUGAUGUUCCGAAUGGGGCCCUUCAAGGCCUGGUGGCCUUACGGAGCUUGGAUCUUUCGCACAAUAAAAUCGAGAAGCUAGAUAACAAAACGCACAGUUUAUUUGAUGACUGCUUAUCUCUGGAGCAACUGAAUUUGAGCCACAACAAAAUUAGCUUCAUAACGCGCAAAACUUUCCCCAGUAAUCCUUACGUCCCGUACAAACUGAAAGAAAUCGAUCUGUCGUACAAUUCGAUGCCGGUUGUUACCUACGAUCUAGUUUACGGAACCUCCAAAGUGCAGAAACUCAACUUGUCGCAUAAUUUCAUUUCGGAUCUGCGGAAAGGUGUUAUUGGAAACUUGACUAGUUUAGUGUCGUUGGACUUGUCCUUUAACAGAAUCGAAGACAUUUCAAGUGAUGGUGGGGUUUUUAAUUUGCCCAAAAGUGUGACAGAAGUGCGAUUGUCCAACAAUGUCUUGCACGACUUGCCUUGGAAAAAGCUCAAAAAUGUGACUAAACUGCACAUUUUAGACAUUAGAGACAACUUUUUUGAAAGUUUUGGGCCCGACUUGACCGACAUGGUCCUUAAAGGCACUGAAGUUUAUUUCGAAGGAAAUCCGCUAAAUUGCGACUGCUUUGUGCGUCCUUUGAAACGCUACUUCGCCUCUCAGCUGUUCCUGCGCUCCUUUUACAAGUUUAUAAAGUGUUCGGGUCCCCCUUACCUGUCAGGCCAGACAUUAUUCGAGCUCCCCGAUGACAGGCUAAAUUGCCCUACUAAUGUUAAUACUUCAAGGAUAAUGGAGACGCAUCCUGGAGACUAUGAUAUAGCGCCCGAUUUGCGGUUCCGGGAGCUCAGCCUUACGCAGAACAAAGUGAGGGUGAAAUGGCGAGUGGUGAGGAACGACGAUAUAGCCGAUCCUUACGUUGUCGUCAGGAGCAUAAAGGAUCCUGGGAGCGUCGUCUAUGAAGCAACUUUGCCGUAUUUUAAAAGAAGUUUAGAGUUCGACCUGACUCGCCCGAAGGGGAGCGAUACUGAAUAUCAAAUAUGUUUGCUAGCGAGGGACAGCAAAACUUUUAUACGUGGCUUCCACAAAGAACAAUGCAGGGAGUUGGCGACGAGCGGAGCGCUGGCCUGGGGAGCAAGGCUUGGGGUUCUUGUGAUGGGAGUUGUGUUUAUAAAUAGACUGUGAAAUUGUAGAAAGCUUGUAAAUAUUGUUGAAUAAAAGUUGUUUUACCAGA